GACUACUCCGAGCACUGGCACUACACGAGAAAUCCAAUAUGGCGUCCGCAGUUGAGCUAUUUUUCUUGACUUGGUCAGCAAGUGUUUUAUUUCAGACCGUUUAUACGUUCAGCAAAUGCUUCAAAAGCUGCUAUAACACCUGGUUAGGAUCCGAGAAAGCCCCAAGCCAGCCCAAACUCUUCCAUGAAGUACUAUUCUUUCCUGAUAGUCGAUUAAUUUGUCCGGAAUUCUUCACUCCUGCAGGAUGUCAUCUUGCAAAAUGUCGAAAUGCCCACUACAAAACGGCACUGGGAAAACUUCUAGACUUUCUAAACGCUGCCACGAAAUCACUGGAUAUUUGCGUGUUCACAAUCUCGUGCCACGAACUCGCGAAUGCGGCGUUAAAACUGCACGAAACAGGCAUACCAGUUAGAAUUAUUACAAACGAGGAACACGAAGCAUUAACUGGCUCGCAAAUUGAACGUUUUCAACGCGAAGGAAUCCAAGUCAGACACGAUAAAACAGCGUUUUACAUGCACCACAAGUUCGUCCUGGUUGAUGGCACUGUACUCAUAACUGGAUCCUUCAACUGGACCAGACAGGCGGUCAUGGGGAACAGGGAGAACGUAUUAGUUACUAACAAUGCAGAGAUAGUUCGACCUUACGUCGAUGAAUUUGAAAAGCUUUGGGAGAUGUACAAACCCGGAGCAAGGAAAGAAUAACUUAAAAACAAAGACGGAGAGAUAGA